UGGAGGCGACACAAGAAACAAAGUAGCGGUUCGACGCGCAUUUACAUUGAAUUCGAUACAGUGGGCGUGCAUUUGAUUAAUGUCACUUUUUUUUUUUAUUUUCUUAUUACUAACGAAGCCAACUAUUGUCCUUUAUUUAUUUAUUUAUUUAAUUUGACCUGGAUUUGUUUCGUUUCUUAGUUUGCCAGCUAACACCCAAUCCAGGGGGAUAAUUUGCUCGGGUCUAAUCCCGUGUGUGUGUGUGUGUGUGUGUGUGUGUGUGUGUGUGUUAAUCCUUUCACACUUAGUGCUGCACAACAGUUGGAGGAAGUCCAACAGGAGGAGUGUCUAUAAUCUUAUCGGCCGUGGAGUUAAAUAUAUUGGAAGUUCCGGGUAAAUGAAUAACAACACGGAGGCUCCUCUCUCAAUCAGCCGGGACUCUGACGAUUCACAAAAAAAAACAUUGAACUUUCCGUGGAAGUAUGCGGGCCAAACUCAAGCGAAGUUUGAAAGAAACCUCUAGUUUGGCAGAGUAACUCCACCAGAAUCCCACCGGUUUGAAGGGGCAUGAAACCCCGACCGAGCUUUACUCCUCGCAAAGAUGGUAUCAUACGGAAGAAAGAGUCGAACCAAGUUAGUUUUUUGCCUCGUUGGCGUCACUUUGUUGGGGUAUCUAAUAUUUUUCAAACACCCAUCCGGGAAAGCCAGUCCUGCAAACCGACGCGAAGUCUCCGCAGAGGGAGAGGAAGAGAAUGAACGGCUGAGGAGGCCCGUUUACGAGAAGCCCCCGCUGGAUCUUAACGCCCUGGGUGAAAUGGGAAGAGCUGUUAAACUGAAUUUGAACAAAGAGGAGAAAAUGAAAGAGGAGGAGAGCAUCCAGAAACAUCAGAUUAACACCUAUGUCAGCGACAGGAUCUCGCUGCACCGCAGUCUGUCAGAGAGAUGGAGUCCACUUUGCAAACAGCUCAAGUACGACUACAAGUCUCUGCCUACAACCUCUGUGGUGAUUGCUUUCUACAAUGAGGCCUGGUCUACCCUGCUGAGGACGGUCCACAGUGUGCUGGAGACUUCUCCUGACAUCCUCCUCAGAGAGGUGGUGCUGGUGGAUGACUACAGUGACAGAGAUCACCUAAAGGAGCCACUGGAGAAGUACCUCUCAGGGCUGAAGAAGGUGCGUUUGAUCCGGGCCACAAAGAGGGAGGGGCUGGUCCGGGCCCGGCUGCUUGGGGCAUCCAUCGCCACGGGCGACGUGCUGACUUUUCUGGAUUGCCACUGUGAGUGCCACGAGGGCUGGCUCGAGCCGCUGCUCAAGAGGAUCAAAGAGGAGCCCAAAGCCGUGGUGUGCCCCGUCAUUGACGUGAUUGACUGGAACACCUUCCAGUAUUUAGGCAACUCUGGCGAACCUCAGAUUGGUGGGUUUGACUGGCGGCUGGUCUUUACCUGGCACCCGGUCCCAGAAUACGAACAGAAACGCCGUCACUCGCCCACUGACGUCAUCAGAUCUCCUACUAUGGCAGGCGGUCUGUUUUCUGUGAGCAAAAGCUACUUCCAUUACCUGGGGACAUACGACACAGGAAUGGAGGUUUGGGGAGGAGAAAACCUGGAGUUUUCUUUCAGAAUUUGGCAAUGCGGGGGCAGCCUGGAGAUCCACCCAUGCUCCCACGUGGGUCAUGUGUUCCCCAAAAAGGCCCCUUACUCACGGAGCAAAGCGUUGGCAAACAGCGUGAGGGCGGCAGAGGUGUGGAUGGAUGAGUACAAGGAGCUCUUUUACCAUCGCAAUCCCCAUGCUCGACUGGAAGCCUUUGGAGAUGUGACAGAGAGGAAGAAACUGAAAGAGAGGCUGGGCUGUAAAAACUUCAAGUGGUAUCUGGAUAACGUCUACCCCGACAUUUUUGUCCCACAUGAUCGACCGGGCAUGUUUGGGAUGCUGAAGAGUCGGGGAAAGACCAACUACUGUUUUGACUAUAAUCCUGGGGAUGACCAGGUGCUGGAAGGUCGUAGGGUCAUCCUCUAUCCAUGUCACGGCAUGGGUCAGAACCAGUUUUUUGAAUAUUCGGUCAACGGGGAAAUAUGCUAUAACACCAGAGAUCCUGCUGGAUGUGUUGUGCCUGACAGCAUCAGCACUUACCUGACUGUCCUGCGGUGCGAGAAACGAGGACAACCUGUUCCCAUGGACCAGAAAUUCAUCUUUCGAAAGGAUGGGACUCUGUUCCAUGUCCAGACCCAGAAGUGUAUUGAAGCAGUGGACCAGACUGACGAUGGGACACCAGCCCCGGCUCUGCAGCCCUGCUCUGAUGUCCUUCGCCAAAAGUGGUUUUUUGAGGAGAAGCUGUAAACUCUUAGCAUAUAUGGAGCAUCUCACCAGCUGAGGAUUCCUCUCUGAUCCCCCUUCCUAGCCAAAUAUCCUCAUCUUCCAUGCAAUUGCAGCAAAGUUCAUAUUUUCUAAAACAUCUUGUGCACAAAACAGACAAUAGGAAUUCUUACUACUUUUCAAAGUGGGCCAGACUCGGUCUACGACUAAGUGAUGAUCUAAAUUACAUAUAGAUCAUCACAAUUACAUCAAUUAAUUUCAUUGCUUUUGCGGAGACUGUUUCAACUUUCUUUCCCUUUUGCAAACAGAAAUAAGGACACAGAAACUUCUGCAUCAAUCUGAUGGAAAUCAUGCAUUUAUGAAUCUGCCAAAAGAGCUUUUCGUGUGGCUGGCUGAUAUUUUUUUUUUCCGAGCACAUCAUCAGGGCUUCUUUCUUGAUAUUUGGAUUUUCUCCUGUAGAGGGGGCUAACACUCCUCUCUGUGUUUGAUCCUUUCUGUCAGUGUGUCCUCGCUUCAUCAUGUGCCAGUGAGGACAAAUGAUCGAGUGUUUUAAUAGGAACCUUUUGAAAAGGUUGACUGCUUGAUGCUUCAUUAUAGCAGAAACUUGAAAGCAAAGUCAUAGAUCGCAGGUGUUAUGAGGGUAGCUCACCACAACGCAUCACUACUGAAAAUAUGGGAAACCGCACUGUUACUCUGCUUCAAUUUCACAUUUCCCGUGAAGUGAAAUGUCAUGGGUCAUUUUUGAACAGUCCCACUCAAAAGUUUUCAUACACUCAUCAUUCACGUUGAAUGCCAUUUAUCCUUUUAUUUAAACUGUUGUUUUACCAGGGUUGACUGUAACGUGACCUGCAACUUCACCGAUUUGAAAACACAAGAGUCAGACUUUGAAUUUAUUUUGGAUUUUCCCUAUUCCAGUCGACACGCAGGCUCAAAUUUAUACAUUCUCCUCAAUUAAUAUAUGAGUAAAUGUCCCUUAGCAGGUUGCAGACAAACAUUGUAAUUCUUUGUUGCCUCCAAUGAGUUUCUGGCACAAUUCUGGUAUUGGACCACUUCUUUCAUUAAAAAUGAUGGAGCUCAUUUAAGAUGCUUGGUUUUCUGGCAUGAACUCAGUUUUUAAUCAUAGUUUAUAAAUUUUCAAAACGGUUGAGUUUGAGGCUGUAGAAGAAGCGUAACAGUCACAUGUUUGAUCCCCUCUCAAACCAGUUUUGAUGUGUGUUAAGGAUCUUUUCCUGUUGAAAUCACUGUGUCUUAGAUGUUAGAUUUAUAUAUUUAUCAUCUGCACAAUAACAACACAGUAGUGAAAUGUGUUGUGGUACCUGGAGCCAAAGAAAAAGACAAAACAGCAAAGGAAAGCAGGCGUUCACACAGAACAGCACUUAGUGCUGCCACCAUUUUUGCCAUUAAUUUUAGUGCAUUCAGGUUUGAUCUUAUUUUACUCCUCUAAACUUUCUUCUCAUUACUUUUGGAGAAAAAACUUAACAUUUAUCUCAUUUGAACAUGGAACGUUCCUUCAGAGAACCUUUACUUUGUCCAUUUACGCUGCUGUGAAUUUCCAUUUAGCCCGACAAUGUUAAUUUUGCCAUCUUCCCAGUUAUGACUGGCUGGAGUCUUGGAGAUUCCUGGGUUAAUCCAGGACAAUCCCAGCCAUUUUCAGUUCAUCACAGGGGGGAGCUUGGGUCAGAUGGUAGGGUGUUCCAGCAGCAUAAUAACCCCAAACUAGUAUCAAACCUGGUUUUAGAAUGAAUAAAAAGAAUAAACAGUAAGCUGCUUGAUUUCAAUCUGGUAAAAGAAACAAAAGAACUAUGAUUUAAACCCAGCUACAUGCAAGGAAGCCAACCAAUUAAAAAAAAUUUCACCCAGAAAUCUUAAUUUAGAGUUGUCAACAAGAACAUUUGUCUAGAUAUUUGUGGGUUAUAAUAUAUUUAAACCUACACACUAUCAAAACCUUUGGUAACAAGAUGCAAUUCCCACAAAAAUCACCAGUAUACUUUGCAAGAGAUAAACAUGAUUCUUAUGUAAAGAAUGACAUAUUUGACAGGUUUAUGAAGGCCUUUUUUUGGACUUUGCUUUUUUCUGUGCAACUACUUCUGACAUUAAUAGCAGUAUUAUAGUAUUUGCUACUUUUGCACUGAAGCUGUGCACAUCUUGUCGACCCUAAACUCAAAGCUCUAAGCAAAGUCCUAUCUUAUGAUAAAUAAAUGCCAAAAUCCAUAGAACUCCUACUGGUUUCUGAGAAAAGCAUUGCAAACAAUGAACUUAAAGUUGCUGCCAACCUUUUGACCUGAAUGUAUCCAUAUUGUGUCUUAGAGUGGAUUUGCAAAAAAUCCACAAUAAAAUUCUAACUUGUUCAGCCAGUUUGUGUUUUUAUGAGCUCUACUUUGAAUCGAAUAACCGUCAUAGCCUGACGGGAAACAUUUUAAGCAGGGUCAUAUUAAUUCCACGACUGCAUGUGAACUUCUGAGUGAAACUGUAAAUUCCCGUUUAGUGGCUGAAAUAAUGUAUACAGCUGCAAAUAUAUUCCCUCAGUUUUGUGUUCAUAAAGAGUUUCUUUAAAGGUUCUCGUCAGAUUUGUCGUAACUAUAGUUGAGUCAUCUGGUGAUGGCUGCAGACCAACAUCGUUCUGCACCGAAAUCAGAGUAGUAGUGUUCUAACUCACCCAUGUGUGCCUUUCUAUAAAUAAAAUAAAAGUUUAUGUUACAUAAUUUAAUAUCAGAGGAGGAAAAUGCCUUUGAGUGAGACAAAUCAGUAUUGCUAAGUUCGCAAGAAAAGAAACUGGCUGCACUCCAAACGUUUGCACAGGCGUGGGGAUCUUCCAUUGCUAGCACAUGUUUUUACUCUGGCGGGUCAUACUGAUGUGAAUACUGACGCCGCUUCAGCAUUCAUCUGUCAGAAUAGACUUCCUUACUUGUGUGGGUCUCCCUCAGGCCACGCGGAGGGAAACAGCAGAGGAGUAGACAGUUGUUGGCGUCUCCAGAGUGCCGCCAUGCCAGAUGGCUUCCUGAUUGAUUUUCUGGGCUGCUCCCAAUUCUUUAUCACAUUUUUCCCCUCCUCUGUAUGUCACAGGACUUUAUAUUUUGCACCUGUAUAUACACAUUCUGGGGGGGGGGGGAGGGAAAGAAAACGAAAUCAGGAGUACAUUUUGGAUAAUAGAGCUGAGUGAAUGAAGCAAUCUGUGACCUCUUCCAUACCAUUAACCUUCACAGGCUCUUUCACCGUCAGCCUCAAAUGACUGCUGUUAGAAACUAAUGGUAAGAGACCAUCAUGCUGGAAAAGAUUUUCGAUAUUGAUUCAGAGUGUUUGCUUACAAGAGUCUAAAUGGAAGCGUUUUCAAAACACUAACGCUGGGAAUUGAGCUGGGCUAGAAGCCGUUCGUUCUCGCGAAAAUGAAAUUAAUAAAAUGAAGAAGCACGUGUGCUGCUGUUACAGGAAGUUGAUAACAUCUGUACGGUUCGGCCAACGUCGUGCAAGCCCAAAGAUGCAGCGUCAGAUAUUUGCUACCAUGCACUUGCGCUUAAGAGUUUUAUUGCACUGUGCAGGGCAUUGGAAGAAAGAACUGAGAUAGCUGUGUUGGGCUGGAGGGAAGCACAAAAUAAGCACCAAGCUUAUUGAAAUAUGGAUGUAAUUACUGGGCUUCAGUUCCCUGUAGUCCAUAAGAAGGCUUUUUGUUAGGAUUAUAAGUAGUACACUGCUAAGUGCUAAGUGAAGUGGACCAAAUGACCGAUGGGGACGGUAUCAUUCAUAGUAGGAAGCAAGAAACAUUUUUGUCACGAUUGUAUGAUGUGUGAUAAUAAAACAGCCAAAGUGAAGUGAUCAAGUUUAAUAAUAUGACCCUACCGUUUCAGUUUAUAAGGUUCAUUGCUAGCAUGAUGUCUGGUUAGUCUAUUCUAUUGAAAUGGCGAUCAUCUUGCUAUAGUUUAUCAAUGGAAAUUUUUACUGACAGUUUUUUUUUUAAAUAAGACGCACGACAAGUAAGUAAGCAGUCUUUGGUAUUUCCUGUUAUUCUCUUGGCUUUCUGAGUAAUAGAGUUGAUUUACCAGAAAAUACUCAAACUGCUCCUUUAAUUGAUUUAUCACAUAUAUGGGAAAAAAUGUUAUUUAUUGUACCUGUGUUGCCAUCUGUUUUCAAACCAUUUGAAUGUUAUUUUGGGUGCUGAUUUGAUGUGUUGCGGGUUUCAACUGCACCGUUUUGCUAGUUCAAGAUUAUAUGUCUAUGAUGUUGUAUCGUAUUUCUUUUGCAUAGCAGCCAAACCUGUGUCGUCAACAUAUUCCAGGACUUGUUGGAGCGAUGUUAUAAUGUUGUCGUAUUAGGCCAUGCUCUGUUUCACAAUAAUGCAGAGGUUCCUAUUUGUAAUGAAAAUAACUUCCAGUGGGAGAUGUUUUUUUUUUUUUUUAUGUUACUGCUGACAACCGUGAAGGUGUAAAAUUCCUCAAAAAUAAAUGUUAUUACAGUAACAUAAACUCGCACUGAUAAUUUUAGAAAAAAAAAAAAUCGACCUUCAAUUUGAGUACAUGCUGAGGGCGAGAAAAAAAAAUUUAAGCAGACAAAUGCUACAAAUAUUAAUAGCACAAUACAUAUGUAAAUUGAACUGAAGAUUACAUUUUUUUAAUUAUCUUAGCAUCAAGCCAUUAUUUCUGGUUUCCUGGAACUUGAAAAUAAUACAAUGGAAAGUCCAUCAAAAAUAACAAAGACAAGAGUGUGUGCUAUAAGUAUGUUUCAGGUGUGCAUCAGGGCCAUCUGCUGCCUCUGUUUGUUUUAGCGAGAGACAAUUUAAAACAGUUUUCUAUAUUCUACUCAUAAUUGACUAUUAGGAAAUGUUAUAUGACUACACCAAAUAUAAAAUUAGGACAUUUAAAGGCAUUUCAGUUCAAUCAGGAAGUCUUCAUCUAAUGUUAGUAAGAUUGUUAUAAGACUCAACUGGCAAAACA